AUGAGAUCUAAUAAAUUAAAAGAGAAAAAAGCCAGCAAAAUUAGUAAAAUUACUUGCGAUAAAGGUGAAAACUUUCCAAAAAAAUCAAAAGUAAAAGGGGGAAUUCGCCAAAUAAAAAAAGGGAUAAAAAAUGCCGAAAUUAAUCAAACAAACUAA